GGGGCUGCAACGUCACAUGCAAUUGACGGUGUGCAGAUGAUCUAGACCACUUCCAAAACAAAGCCUUACCCGGCCAGAAGUCAUUUACAAUCUAUCUAGGCCAGCUAACUGACAGUGAUUGACAGUGAUGCUCUGAGAGUGCCAGCUGUCCUCAGAAUGCCCCUGGACAGAGUGGACCAGCUGCCCCUACCCAACCUACACAUAUACACCGUCUUCAGUGGACUGGGUCUGUUCUAUGCUCUUGUGUACUCUCUGAGUGCCCCUGAUGGAUUCUACCACACCUUCACAGCAGACGUGUGGUGUGCCGCGGCUGCCCUCAACAUGUGCUGCUGUUGCUUCUUCCUACUCACUAAGUCUAUCUAUUCCCUCGUGUUUGGGAAGCUGAGACAUAUCGAACAGCAGCACAUGAGAGACAAGUUCUGGAACUUUGUGUUCUACAAGUUCAUCUUUGUGUUUGGAGUGAUGAAUGUACAGGACAUGCAGGAGCUGCUCUACUGGUGUGUGUGGUUUGCACUAUUGGGGACACUACUGCUCACACAACAACUCUGCAAGGACAGGUUUCAAUUUCUCUCCUUCUCCCCGAAUACGCCCGCCUCCUCCCACGCCAAGAUCAUCACGCUUGUCUCCUUGGUGAUUGGUAGUUGUGCCGGGUUGUUCAUGGUAACAGCCAUUGUUGGGUGGCAGUAUGGCUUCAACUACUUCACCUUCCUCUACUCUGAAGUGUUCAUCUUGUUUGCACGAGCACUGCACACUGUCAUAAGAUACGUGAUUCACCUGUGGGACAUGCAGCAUGAUGGCACAUGGGAGAACAGAUCCACCUAUACCUACUACACUGAGCUGCUACUGGAGAUGGCAGCGCUGGGUAUUGACUUCAUGCACCACAUCCACAUGCUGCUCUGGGCUAACAUGUUCCUGAGCGUGGCCUCUCUCAUUCUACUCAUGAAACUACGAUUCCUGUAUCAGGAGAUCCAGCGUAGACUGCAGAGGCAUAGCAACUAUGUGCUAGUGAGUCAGACCCUGGAAACAAGGUUUGUGCAAGUGUCUCGCCAGGAGCUGCUCUUGAGUGAUGAGGUGUGUGCCAUCUGCUGGGAGGGUAUGAGCACUGCCUCCAAACUUCCGUGUGGACAUAUCUUCCAUAUGGGGUGCCUGCGGUCGUGGUUGGAGCAAGCUACAGUGUGUCCAACCUGUCGACGCUCUCUCAGUGAAGACCUACACUCCCCGUCCGGUGAAGGAGGCGUGGCUAGGGGUGUGGCCAAUGAGAGGGGCGGGGCUGGUGUACGAGAGCCGAGGAGACGAAUGGCACGGAACUGGCUGCUACAUUUCAAUGGUGCAUCGAUUGCUAACUGGCUGCCCACGUUCUCCCUCCAGCUGCAUCAGGACGGGGACGAGGCUCGCUGGACCGAUGCUGCUGAGCUACACAGAGAAGCCCAACGUGUACACUCCAUGUUCCCCCACACUCCACUGGAGGCCAUCACACUUGACCUCGCUGACACACACUCCGUCUCACUCACAGUCGAGAGAAUUAUCAACAAUGUCAUCUAUAUCCCCGAACAAGAUCGGCCAUCAGGAGAGCUCACACCCUCACAGCCUCACACCCACACAGGCACACAAUGCACACUUCCCAACACACCACUUCCGACAGCUUCACCUUUAUCAUGCUCGGAGCCUCACACCCUCACACAUGUCACGCCGCCCACAAUCACAGAACAAACUUGCGGACCCACCCACACCACAAGUACUGUACGAAAGAGAAACGUGAACCAAGACACAGGCACUAAAGACACACCCAGCACUGACGCUGUGAGGGUCCAAGACACAGGCACUAAAGACACACCCAGCACUGACGCUGUGAGGGUAGCUCGGCCUAUUCGUACUGGUGCAGCUGAUGACGCCCCCGCACAGUGUGUGGUGACAACAGUGCCGGCUAGGGUCAAAGUUCGGAAGAUGGAGCCAUUCGCAUCGCUAGUGGAGCGCAAGGAGCAACUGUUGGAGAGAGCUAGGAGGCAAUAUCUCUUGAAGAAUCCGAUGCUCAAGUCUGUGAACUAACUCUAGCUACACACCUGCAACCAACUGAAGCCCAGCCGGUUGGCAUGGCAACACUGUACCUUUCAUUUUUUGUGUUUACUUGUACACCCCCACAAUUGUGAUUUUGUGUUUUUUUUA